UCUCUCUCUGCUCUCUCUCUCUCUCUCUAUCUGUGAGCAGCAGUACAUUGAGGAGACAGUGUGUGUGCAGGAGACACAGGCAGGCAUUUAGCUCCAUCUCAAACAGGCGGAGUGAUCUCUCGCUCCUCUCCUCUUCUCUUCUCUCCUCCUCUCUUCUCUUCUGCAUCGGAACGCCGCGCAGAUCAUCAGUCGUGAGGACAGGCUGACAGCUGUACACCGACCAGAUGGAGUUCACUGGUGCCGAGGAGCUGACGGAUGAGGAGAAGGAAAUCAUCAACAGCGUGCUGGCCCGGGCCGAGCUAAUCGAGGCCAUGGAGCAGGAGCGGAUUGGACGUUUGGUCAAUCGGCUGGACACUAUAAAGAGGACGGCGUGCGGUGAUGGCCACUCGCAGUGCCUGCUCUGUGGCCAGCAGCUUGGAGUGAUGGGUGUUAACACAGCCAUGUGUGAUGAGUGUAAGAAGCACAUAUGCUCCAAGUGUGGCAUUUACAGCAGUAACAGUCGCUCCUGCCCUGUAUGGCUGUGCAAGAUAUGCAGUGAACACAAAGAGAUGUUGAAGCAGUCUGGUGCCUGGUUCUUCAAGGGGUUGCCACAACAAGUCUUGCCUGCACCUUUACCCAUUUCAAAGCCAAAACAGUUCAGCACUGAUGACACAUCUGCACCGUCUGAGCCACCUUCCCAAAAGAGCACAACUGCUCAUUCACAUGUCAACACACAGAAUGGAGAAACAAAGCUUCCUGAGCAAGAAGUGCUGCCUGUCAGUGCUCAGAUCAGUCAAACUCAAUCGGGUGCAGAGAGACAGCCUAAUCUGACAACAUGGAAAAAAGAAGAAUCUGUCAAGAGCACCAGUCCUUUCCAGCCAUCUUAUUCGAGCUCAAUAAUGCAGAAAGGAGUCCAUCAGAUGGAGAGUAGGAUAACACCUACUAUGCAGCCUCCAGUUGCAAACAGCACCCACACUCCUGCCACUACCGAGGAGGUAGAGGACUACGACUCUGAUGAUGCCACCACACUGGGGAUGUUGGAGUUUAGUCUGCUCUAUGAAGAGGAAAACAACACUUUGCACUGCAAUAUCAUCAGAGCCAAGGGCCUCAAGCCGAUGGACUCCAAUGGCCUUGCUGAUCCAUAUGUCAAACUGCAUUUCCUUCCAGGUGCUAGCAAGUCUAACAAGCUACGCACAAAAACUCUGCACAACACCUUAAAUCCAGCUUGGAAUGAGACACUUGUCUACCAUGGCAUCACCAAUGAGGACAUGCAGAGAAAAACCCUCAGACUCUCUGUGAGCGAUGAAGACAAGUUUGGACAUAACGAGUUCAUCGGAGAAACCCGCGUGGUGCUGAAAAAGCUCAAGCCAAGCCAGAAGAAGAACUUCAAUGUGUGUUUGGAGAGAGUUAUUCCGGUGAAGCGAACAGCUGCUGGAGGUGCAGUACGUGGUAUGGCAUUGUAUGAGGAGGAGGUAAACGAGGGUGAUGAUGCAGAGGAGAGAGGACGCAUUCUGGUGUCUCUCACCUACAACAGCCAGCGGAGUCAGCUCAUUGUGGGUAUUAUCCGCUGUGCUCAUCUGGCUCCCAUGGACGCCAACGGCUACUCUGACCCUUAUGUUAAGAUCUCGCUGAAACCUGACAUGGGGAAGAAAGCGAAGAAUAAAACACAGAUCAAGAAGAAGACCCUCAACCCUGAAUUUAAUGAGGAAUUCAGCUAUGAGAUCAAACACAGUGAACUAGCAAAGAAGACUUUGGAUAUCUCCGUCUGGGAUUACGACAUGGGAAAAUCCAAUGAUUUCAUAGGAGGAUGCCAGCUUGGUAUCACAGCCAAAGGAGAAUGCCUGAAGCAUUGGUACGAGUGCCUGAAGAACAAAGACAAGAAGAUUGAACGCUGGCAUGUGCUGUACAAUCAAAACAACAUUGAGGCUGAUGACUGAAAUGCGCUGCUCUCUAUAUCCAAAUAGCUCUUACUUUGUGACUCUGUACGAUCCUGUCUUCCACCAUUCAUUUUCAUCCCUCCCUUAAAACUGCUCCUACUGUGCUAAUUAGCCUGACUUCAUGUACGAUAGUGCACGUCGUGCUUCGUGCUCUUACAACGAGCUAUUAUGUAAUUAGUGGUUUAGAUCAUCUUUAACCGUCUAACCGUAUUGAAUCUAAUCCACUAUUGCAGAUGAUGAUGAGAAAAAAAACCGUGUCGCAUUAGGUACUGAGAAAGUAUACGUGACUUUAAAUGUGAUGUAAUUACAGUAUUUUCGAGUAUGAGCAUCUAACCCCUAAAUCAUUUUGACAUUAAUUAUGACAGAAUGACUGCACUAAUAAAAUGGAUGACAAAUUCUGCACACAGGAAGUUGUGUAACGCAUCAAGCUGCAUCUUGUAUACAGGUUGUUGUAUAUUGAUAUUCCCAUAUAUUUUUCAGAUCCAAAGUUGUAUUUUACACUGUAGAAAAACAAUGAAGAAACUGAGUAAUAACUGUUGACGUACCUGAGGGUGAUACUCUCACUGUCCCCUUUAUUAGGUACACCUCUACACCUGCAGAUUCAUGUAACAGCAGCCAAAUACAUACAGACAUGCAGAUACAGAUCUAGAUCUUCUGUUAAACAUCAAACAUCAGAAUGAUGGAAAAACUCUUCUCUGUGAUGUUAUCUGUGAUAUAGUUGUUGGCACCAGAUGACUAUUAUUGAGUAUUUCACUGCUGAGCUCCUGGGAUUUUUACACGUGUCUCUAGAGUUGGCAUGAAAAGCAAAAACGAUUCAAUUUGUCACUGUGAGCGGAGGCUGAUACACCUUGAAGAUAGAGAUGAGUAGAAAAUGAUAAGAAAAGCUUGGUAAGCAGAAAAGCAUCUCAAAAAUGCAACCUUGAGGUGGAUGAGCUACAACGGCAGAAGACCACAUCCGGUUCCACUGUUGUCAAACAAGAACAAGAAUCUGAGGCUAUCAUGGGCACAGACUCACCGAAACUCACCCAAAGGUUCAUUGUUUUGUGCAUGAUAUGCUUUUCUUCUAACCACGGGUGUAGAGUGAUUAUUUGAGUUACUAUAUUCCUCCAAACCAAUCUGACCAUUUUUCUCAAACAUCUUUUGUCAACAAGGCAUCUCCACUCUCACUCAAUGUUUUUGUUUUUCAUAGCCUUCUGUGAAAAUGAAGAGAUUGUUGCAUCUCCCAGGAGAGCCAGACUCACAAAGAACCCAUUUUUCUUCAAUGUCAACACUGACUGAAGUUCUUGAUCUCUUUCUGCAUGGUUUUAUGAAUUGUGCUUCAGCCACAUGCCUGAACAUAAAGGUGUUUCUAAUAAAGUGGACAGUAAGUGUAUAUCUAUCCAGACUAAAUGCUUGCUUAUUCAAAAAAUGUUAUUUGUGCAUGGACACUUUCUUAAAUAUGUUUGCCCUUGUUAUAUUGCGACAGAUAUGAAAAGAUUAUUUAAAAUAUUUGUUUAAUAUAUUCAGUGGAUUUUCAGUGUAUACACUUGUAUGAUCCUAAUGUAGCCAAUAAAGUCAUUACUAAUAAACAGCCUCAUAAGGACUGGUGAU